AUGCUUGCCAAAAGCUUCGCUCUCGGGCUUCUUGCUCUUUUCAUCUGUCAGGCGUCUGCCAACUUUCUCUUGCCAACCUUCGGUCUCUACAGUGAGUCAAAAGAUGACUUCGCGAGUCAAGUUCGGAGACCUCUUGCUGCCCAAGUUCUCAAGUUCAUUUUUAUGCUUUGUCUCUUAGAGCUGUCGCAUGGAUUAGAAAGCUUCAACCCUAUUACCGCUUGCGAGCUCUUCAUGCGCGUGUGCCCAAGCAUUGCCGGCAAAGGCGGUUAUGGCGACUGUGGCCCUUAUAAAGGUGUCACGGCACUCUGGUGCCAAGGCAUUGGGUGAGUAAGGUAUGAGCGUGACAUUCUUCGACGACUCUGAAAGCAAACAUUUUGUCGCGAUAGGUCCAACGGCGAUUUGGAGGAUAGAACGUCAAGUGUGAUUGACACUAUCAAUGGCUCUCUUGAGGCCAGCGCUCAUAAGUGGGCAAUCGAGUCCAUGGCAAUCUGA